GAUUGUGGAGCAGCAGUGGGGGGGAGGGGAUCUGCAGCACCAGCCCCCCCCCCCCUUCUCCUACCUCCCCCUGCUGCGGGUGCAGCAGUGGGGGGGAGGGGAUCUGCAGCAGCAGUGGGGGGAGGGGAUUUGCAGCAUCAGCCCCCCCCUCCCCCCCCCCCCCCCCCCCCCGCCCCCGCCCCCCCUUUCUCCUCUCUCUCUCUCCCUGCCGCACCCUGUGUUGGAGAGGGGGGGGAGCUUGGAGGUUCAGGGGGAGGCAGGAGGGGAUCUGCAGCACCAGCCCCCCCCCCCCCCCCCCCCCCCCCGCCCCCCCCCCCACUUCUCCUCCAUCCCCCUGCUGCGGGUGCAGCAGUGGGGGGGAGGGGAUCAGCAGCAGCAGUAGGGGGGAGGGGAUUUGCAGCAUCAGCCCCCCCCCCCCCUUUCUCCUCUCUCUCUCCCUGCCGCACCUUGUGCUGGGAGGGGGGGGAGCUUGGAGGUUCAGGGGGAGGCAGGAGGGGAUCUGCAGCACCAGCCCCUCCCUCACUUCUCCUCCAUCCCCCUGCUGCGGGUGCAGCGGUGGGGGGGAGGGGAUCUGCAGCCCUGUGCUGCCCUGCUGCCCUCCCUGCGCGCCCUGCUGUCCUGCUGCCCUGCGCGCCCUGCGUGCACUGCAGCCCUGCACGCCCCGCGCGCCCUGCUGCCCUGCAGCCCUCCCUGCUGCGCCCCGCGCGCCCUGCUGCCCUGCUGCCCUGUGCGCCCCGCGCGCCCUGCUGCCCUGCUGCCCUGUGCGCCCCGCGCGCCCUGCAGCCCUGCGCGCCCUGCGCGCCCUGCUGUCCUGCUGCCCUGCGCGCCCUGCGCGCACUGCAGCCCUGCGCGUCCCGCGCGCCCUGCUGCCCUGCAGCCCUGUGCGCCCUGCUGCCCUGUUUGCCCCACGCGCCCUGCUGCCCUGCAGCCCUGUGCGCCCUGCUGCCCUGCUGCCCUGUGCGCCCCGCGCGCCCUGCAGCCCUCUAUGGCUCCUAA